AUGGCCGCUUACCCCGACAGCGAGAGCCAACCCUUCGAUUACACCUCCGAUUCCGACGACGAUGGGCUCUACUCCUCGAACACUCCCGCGCCGUCCUACCGCCUCACCCGCUUCACCCGCCCGCUGGUCGACUACGUGCGGAAUGAAUGGCAAACGAGCGCCAAAUACACCCACCUCUCCCCGUCCUCUCACGACCGGUCCGACUCCCCACGAUGGCUGCAAAUGAUCUUGUCGAUCGUCGCCGCCCCGCGCUUUCGUCGCUACGUGCUCGUCUACCUGUCGCUGCUGGUGUCGUGCUUCCUCGGGUGGAAGUUCGUCCUGUCACCGCGGCUGCAAGAACAUGCGUCGCUGUUGCGCGCCCUCGACCCCAACGUGAAACAGGAGGUGGGGGGCUGGUUCGGGACGAACGCGUUGCCUCGCUUCGACUAUAUCGUACAGUUGCGCACGCUGGAUCCGGCACUGUUGCCCGCCGAGACCGCCACCGCUGGCCAGCCGAGUCAGCGUCGGUUGAUUGUUAUUGGCGAUGUGCAUGGGUGCAAGACUGAAUUGGAUCGACUCCUGGACGAGGUCUCCUUCAACCAUGAGCACGAUCAUCUCAUUUUCACCGGCGACAUGAUCAACAAGGGCCCCGAUAGUUUGGGCGUGGUCGACCUGGCUCGUCAAUACUCUGCGUCCUGCGUGCGUGGAAACCAUGAAGACCGUGUUCUCCUCCUGCGCCAUGAGAUGCUCACAUCGAAUUCGUCGGUCAACGCGUCGCUGGGCGACCCUAAUGGCGAGCCGUUCCUGCCGCAAGACACCCAGGAACGUCAAUUGGCCCGUGAACUAACGGAUGAGCAAGCGGAAUGGCUCGACACAUGUCCGGUCAUCUUGGAUGUUGGCCAGAUCGCGAAUAUGGGCCAAGUGGUGGUGGUCCAUGCGGGCCUAGUGCCCGGUGUCGAUCUUGAAAAGCAGGAUCCAUACAGCGCUAUGAAUAUGCGCACCGUCGACUUGGACACGCACGUGCCCACUAUUCAACAAACACCAAUCGGUUCUCUACAACAGUCUCAAGGACACCUCUCCUGA